CUUUUUGUGUCAAAUUUCAAAAUGAAAAUAACCUCAAUUUAAUCAUACUCCAUCUCCAAAAGUUUGUAUUUAACAUUCUAAAUAAUUUUUGCGGUGACUGCAGAGUCCAUAAUGAAUAUUUUUUACAAAAAUUGUGAAGGACUCCUGAAAACAAUUCAAAGCCAUAAACCACUUUUGAGUAAUGUAUUGCACAAAAACGCAUCUGUUUACAAAAGUUCAAUAAGCUUAGAAAAGCUCUACCCAAACAGCAGUUUGAAACUAACAACGCCUCAGCCACCAAAAAGUGAAUUGUUCAACGGCUACAUUCCAGUUGAGCAACUUGAAAUAACAUAUAGCAGAAGUACAGGUCCUGGUGGCCAAAAUGUUAAUAAAGUUAAUACAAAAGUAGAUGUUCGGUUUCAUCUACAGUCUGCGGCAUGGCUUAAUGAAGAGGCAAAGCAGAAACUGUCUGAAAGGCUGAGACAGAAGUUGACAAAAGAAGGUUAUUUGAUAUUCAGGUCUGAUUUAACAAGAUCACAGCAUUUGAAUUUAGCUGAUUGUUUGGAGAAGAUUCGAACUGCUGUGAGAAAUUCUUUGGUAGAAAAAUCAGAGCCUUCUCCAGAAACAGAAGAAAGAAUUAGACGUAGACUGGAGAAAUCUGCAAGGGAAAGAUUGAUAAUUAAAAGACAUAAAUCAGAAAUUAAGAAUGAUAGACAAGCACCAAAUGUAAUUAUGUAAAUGUACUGUAGGAGAUGUUAUUAUAUAAAAUUUGAAUCUAGUUCAAG